AAUAUCUAAUUGAAAUCUUCACAAAGUCAUCAGUUUCAUAAAACAUGAAGUCCCUUUACCGUUCUUUGCCAUUGCUUUUCGUUGUUGUUUGCUCAUUGUCAUGGGUGAAUGUUUCAGCUAAUAGCCAUGAUGAUUUUCUUGAUUGCCUUUCUUCAUAUCAUCCCGAUGAAUCCUCUUCCAUUUCUAAAGUUACUUACACUGAAACAAACUCGUCAUAUUCGGCAGUUUUGGAAUCUUCCAUCCAUAAUCACAGGUUCUCAACGCCAAAUACCCCGAAACCAUUGGUUAUUGUAACACCAUUGAACAUUUCCCAUGUUCAAGCGACGAUACAUUGCUCCAAAAAGCAUGGCCUCCAAAUCAGAACUCGAAGUGGUGGUCAUGACUACGAAGGUCUUUCCUAUGUUUCCCAUGUCCCAUUUGUUGUUAUCGAUUUGGUUCGUUUUAAAUCGGUCGAGGUCGAUGUUGAAAACGAAGAGGUGUGGGUUCAAUCAGGUGCAAUCGUGGGUGAAGUAUACUACAGAAUCAAUGAAAGAAGCACGAACCUUACCUUCCCUGGGGCUUUUGGCUACACUGUAGGAAUUGGUGGGUUCAUUAGCGGUGGAGGCGAUGGUUUAUUGUCCCGAAAAUACGGUCUCGCGGCGGAUAAUGUAAUCGAUGUGCAAUUUGUCGAUGCUAGUGGGAGAGUUCUUGAUAGAAGAUCGAUGGGGGAAGAUCUGUUUUGGGCCAUUCGAGGAGGCGGUGGGGGAAGCUUCGGGAUCGUUCUUUCAUGGAAAAUAAAGCUGGUUCAUGUUCCGUCAAUUGUGACUGUUUUCUCAGUAGGCAGGACCUUGGAACAAAAUGCAUCACAGCUUCUUCAUCGUUGGCAAUACGUUGCACCCAAUCUUCCAAAUGAUGUAUACUCACUCCUUACGAUAUCAAAGUGGAACGCCGGUGAAAAUGAGACAAGGACGGUUCUAGUCACCUUUACUUCACUAUUCCAAGGUGGUGCCAAUGAGCUGAUUCCAUUGAUGCAAGAACGAUUCCCUGAGCUUGGGCUUGUUAAGGAAGAUUUCGUUGAGAUGACUUGGCUUGAAUCUGUAUUGUUCAUAAACGGACUUUCAAAUGAAACAUCGGAGGUUUUGCUCGAUAGGUAUAGGCCCCUUCUUCCUCCUUCAUUCAAAUCGAAAUCUGAUUUCGUGAAUGAACCGGUGCCUGAAAUAGCAUUACAAGGGCUAUGGCCCCAACUUCUCGAGGUCGACGAAGCAAUCUCAGCAGUUCAAACUUUUAUAGCUUACGGUGGAAUGAUGGACGAAAUCUCAGAGACAGAAACUCCAUUCCCCCAUCGAAAAGGCACCUUAUACAAGAUACACUACAACAUCGGUUGGCAAGAAGAGGAAAACAUUAGAUCUCAAAGGUAUAUAAGCUGGAUGAGGAAACUUUAUAGCUACAUGGGUCCUUUUGUUUCAAAAUCUCCACGAACAGCGUAUGUUAAUUACAGAGAUCUCGAUAUUGGAAGAAAUAAUGAUGAUGGCAAGGCAAGUUAUAAGCAAGCAAGCGUUUGGGGCCGCAAAUAUUUUAAGAAUAAUUUUGAUAGAUUAGUUUCUGUCAAGACAAAGAUUGAUCCAGAAAAUUUCUUCAAGCAUGAACAAAGCAUUCCUCCUCAUUUUCAUUGAUAGAAGAAGAAACUUUAAUCUCGUUCAAUAUUAUGAUGUAUACUUAGUAAUACAUUUUAUCUUAAAAGUUUUUGUUUAGAAUAAACUUGUUCUUCAUAUUAUGAUGAAUAAUAAAUUCUGUGUCUACUCCAA